AUGUGGCAGAGGAAUGAGACUUCUCUGGCUGGCUUCAUUCUUGAAGGGCUCUUUGAUGAUUCCCUCACCCACACCUUUCUCUUCUCUUUCACCAUGGUGGUCUUCCUGGUGGCAGUGAGUGGCAACUCCCUCACCAUUCUCCUCAUCUGUGCUGACCCCAGACUUCACACCCCCAUGUACUUCCUGCUCAGCCAGCUCUCCCUCAUGGAUCUGAUGCAUGUCACCACCACCAUCCCCAAGAUGGCGGCCAACUACCUGUCUGGCAGUAAGUCCAUCUCCUUUGUGGGCUGUGCAAUCCAGCACUUCCUGUAUUUAUCUGUGGGUGGUGCUGAGUGUGUUCUUCUAGCUCUGAUGUCCUAUGACCGCUAUGUGGCCAUCUGCAGCCCACUACAUUACACUGUUCUCAUGAACAGAAAGGUGACACUGACGAUGGCUGUCAUGUCCUGGCUGGGAGCAUCCAUGAACUCCCUCGUUCACACAAUGAUCUUGAUGCACUUCCCCUUCUGUGGACCUCGAAACAUACAUCACUUCUACUGUGAAUUUCCAGCUGUUGUGAAGCUGGUGUGUGGAGACAUCACUGUUUAUGAGAAGACAGUUUACAUCAGCAGCAUCCUACUUCUGCUCCUCCCCAUCCUGCUGGUCUCUGCAUCUUAUGCCUUCAUCCUCCACAGUGUCAUUCAUAUGAGAUCUGCUGGGAGUAAGAGAAAUGCCUUUGCCACCUGUAGCUCUCACCUCACUGUGGUCUUUCUCUGGUUUGGUGCCUGCAUCUUCUCAUAUAUGAGACCCAGGUCCCAGCGCACUCCACUGCAGGACAAAGUCGGUGCUGUGUUCUACAGCAUCAUCACUCCCACCCUGAAUCCUCUGAUCUAUACUCUGCGGAAUAAGGAUGUAGCUAAGGCUAUGAGGAGAGUGUUGUGUAGAAAUAGUGUAACUCAGAGACUAUAA